GUCAAAUGUAUACACUGAAGACGAGUUGAGGUACUUUAGAUUAACUAAAGCUGUUAUCAACUAUUCUCCUGAAGCGUUAAGAAGAGUUUUUAUGCAAGAAUGGAACCGUCUUUAUCGUCCAUGGAAAAAUGAUGCAGCUAGUGGAUUACAGAUUCUUGCCAAAGAACCAUUUUCAUCGCGUUUGAAUGAUCCAAAUUACGAGAAAGGUUUUCAACACAUAAAAGACAAUUUGCGACGUGGAGAUGUGCAGGAAUGGGACAUAACAACGCUGAACUUUGCUUUGCUCCACUCCCACUCUUUAAACAGUAUACGGGGCCGCUGGUACUGGAGAAGGAUAAAGAAAGCUACACAUGCCAUAACAGACGUCAGAAACACAGUGUUUGCACAUCGUCACAAAGCGUCAAUUGAUUACAACAAUUUUUCAAGUACCUUCGAAACUUUAGAACAAGCCAUGAAAGACUUGUUAUCAACGUCAGAUCCUUUGGUUGAAAAAUUAAAAGCGCUAAAAGGAGAAACUGAAUUCGUAACAGAAGAUCUUGUCGAGUGUAGAAAAAUGCUUGAGGAAGCCAGGGUUUUAAAGCCUGCGAACGAGGUUGGCUCUGUUGACGCAGAACCGGAGCGCUUUAAACCAACAAUUUACAAGAGUAAGAAAUAUAUUUGUUUGAUGAAUGAAUCAUGUGCUAUGGUAUGCAAUUUUCGUUGGGACAAAGUUAACAAUUUUCUUCAAGGAUUCAACGAUAGUAUGGAUAUACAGAUAUAUGCUGGUAUUCAAAAGGCUGUAUCGCUGAGUUCUCAGUCAAAGAAGGACGAAAGUUUUGAAAUUCUCAAUUCUUUGACUUCAAAGGCUAAUUCGGCCGAACAUUGGGGGGUCAUACUGAUUGCGCGAAUAAAAAUUGUCAAGGCAUGGAUUUUACAUGAUCGUGGAAAUGAUGAUAGAGCUAUGUAUGAAGUGGACGAUGCGGAGAUGACGUUAUCCUCCGGAGAGUGCCCCGAAGAUCAAGCUGAAAUUCACUACACGAAAGCCAAUAUCCUCGUAUCGUCAGCGGCAAACAGCCCGAAAGACCGCAAACGUAUUUUGUUCCACUAUGAUACAUGUAUUGAACUUUGCGAGAAAGCUACCGUGGACAAAAGUAUCAUAAUCAAGCACGCCAAACUGCGGAAGGCGCUUUUCCAUCUUGGUUAUUACGAGAAUGGUAUCUUAGAAGAAGCACCAAAUCCCUCAGAGGUUAAAACAGCAGAGAACAUUUUGACCAGUCUUGCUAAGCAGCCUAAUCUGACAGAAAGAAACAAAAUGUUCUUGAUGUAUGGUCAAUCCUUGCUCGCUUUUCGGAAGGGGGAAGCAGGCAUGGCGACAAAAUUAGAGCACAAGCUACGACAAAAAUGUGAACAUUAUCAAAUAAGUUUUGAGAUCAAGAAACUAGAUGUGUUGCGAACAUUGUUACGAGGUUGACCAAAAAAUGCGAUCAGUUCUAAAACCUAUACUAAGUGUUUUGAUCAAAAGGAAAAACUUUUUUCUUUUUUCUUUUUCCGAAAAAUUACUAAAAAAAUCUUAAUUAAUAACAGAAAAAAAACUCACUAAUAAAAGAAAGAAACAUGCCCGGAAAACCACAUCUUGUAAACUCAGGACACAAGUUAUAAAAAUAAGACACCAAUUUUGCAGUGAUACAUAUUUGAGUAUAUUUCAGAAGUCAUUCUUAAACCAACCCUUUGAUUAGAUCAAAGUUUAAGAUGUUUCAAUACUGAUUCCAUGAAUUGAAAAGGCCAUUUUCCAUAUGUGCCUUCAUGAAUUGCAUCAGACAAAAUUGGAUUGUGUGAAAAGACUACACGGAUGAUUAUAACUUCUGGUCAGAGUAGUCUAAAUGUUAAAUGACUUGUAUUCAACAGUAUGAUCAGUGUGUACUAUCACCAAAAGGAUUAUAGUCAUUAUACCAUAUAGGCAGCCUAAACACUAAUACAAUAUCUGUAUUAGUGUUUAGGCUGCCUAUAUGGUAUAGGUCUAUGAUAAGGUCUGUUCACACGAUCCAAUUUGUUGGAUUCAAUUCACUUCUAACGUAUGGAAUAUAGUCAGGUAUUGAUACAGUACUGCAUUGGCUUCAGCGGAUUUGCUGCUCAAAAACAUUACAAGGCAACAGAAUAUAAAGAUCAGAAGUGAAUUAGCCUUUCUCACGAUGACGAAUAUGUCGCCAUUUUUGGAGUACUUUUUUCAAAAACCGGGAGCGUAUUAAAGACUUGGUAACGGCGACUGUCUUUAAUUUUAAGCUGAAUUUAUUCUUC